AUGCAUUUCGGAGGUGCCCCCCAUGUGGCUGAGAGCCUUCACUUCGUGGUUUGCUAUCAGUAUCUUCCGGUCAAAACACGGCACCCGACGACUGCACAAGCUUCGAGAUCGAGCUGCUUGGAGGACUCCGAUGGCGGGAGACUCUGGGACAACAUUUGGGCAUGUUUCCGCCUGCAUCCCCGAGAAGAUCGUGUGGCCGCAGCGUGGCGGUCGGCUUCCGCUCCGGUGGCCGACCGUCACCCGGCAACAGCUGGACCACGCCCAGUGCUUCAUCCGGCCCCGGCAAAAAGUGCGUUGAGCCACUUGUAG